AUGGCGGACGUACUCUCCCCAAGGAGUGAGCCUGGUCCUCUCUCUUCGCCGAACGCAAACCGCACCUCCCUGCCUCCUCUCGUCACAUCUCCGCCCUCCAAGGCGAGACUGGAGAGGCAGAGCUCAUACAUCAACAAGCGCCUCUCCACCUUCUCAAAUGCCUCAAAUCAGCCCUCUGUACGGUCGCGGCCGCAGUCUACUGCCUUCCCCAUUUUUCAUUCGAGCUUGCCUUACACACUGGUACGAGACUUUGCCUAUGGGCCCCUCCAUCCUCUCUUCUACGGCCCUCUCCCAGAACAGCCCUCCACCAUCUCUACACCCGCAAGCGAGGUGAGUAGGCGGCUCUCAGACCCUCCGCCUGUUGCCUGGCAAGACAAGGGAGGCUGGUCUGCUGGCACCUGGGAUCCCGGCGAGCAGCUUCCCCAGACCGUUUUCGCAGACGGGGGUCCGCCUUAUAGCGAGGACGAAGACCUUCACAGCCCCAUCGUUACGAGCCAUUCCCGGCAUAAAAAGCACAAAUCCAACAUUGAAUUCUUCGACCAGAAUCGCGGCCGAAAGGGAUACCGGGAAGAGUCCAGGCGGGGCCCUUAUGCUGGCAGCAAUGCGAAUGGCAAUGAGAUAUACUACGUGAGCGAGAUGGUCGAGUCCGCCAAUGGUCCGGGAGGGGAGUACAUCACCUUUCCGAACUCAUCACAGAACCAGAGCUUGCAAGUUCCGAAUUCUGGAGAGCCAUCCAAGCGCGACUCUCAUUUUGCCACGCUACUGCCUCAGCGCGCUUAUGCCACGGAGGACGGACCACCAUACGAUUCGGACGAUGACAUGUCCGAACCAGAAGACUACAUCUAUGAUGAAAGCCGUUAUUCGCGAGACUACCAGUUCACCAUCGCAUCCCCUGAAGAGGAAAUGCACGGCAAGGCUGUCGCGCUUUUCGACUUCACGCCUGAGAACGAUAACGAGUUAGGCCUAACAGAGGGCCAAGUGAUACUGGUGUCCUAUCGCCAUGGCCAAGGGUGGCUUGUUGCUCAAGAUCCUAAAACCGAACAGCGAGGGUUGGUGCCCGAGGAGUACGUGCGCCUGUUGCGCGACAUCGAAGGGGGGUGGAAUGGCUUGAUGCACGCAAACCCGGUCGCCGAUAACGGCAUCGAUGCAGUCUUGUCUCCCAAUACCGAGGCGAGGACUCCCACGCAAGCGGACCACAGGACGUAUACGCCCGUCAUUUCGACAUUCUCGACAAGCACCAAGGACCUUGAGCCCUAUCCGAAAGAGAGGCUGGGCACGCCAACCAACUCAGACGCUGGCAGCCUUCCUAGAGUUCGCGAUUCGUCGCGGGAUGGGCAUGCAAUUGCAGAGGACAAGACCAGUGGGGAGGCUAUGCAGGGCGUUGAGCGUACACCGGAUCCCGCCAGCCAAGAGACGCGGACGCGCUGA